UUAUUGCUGUUGCUGUUAUUGCAUUACCCUGGUUAUUAGCAAUUGCCGGAAGAGGAGAUUGUAUGUGUCAAUGGUGUGAACAACAUUCUUCUUGUUUUAGGAGCCAGUAAAUUGUCUGCAGGUGGCUGGGGACUGAAUGAUGGAGAAUCAGUGGCUAAUGGUAGAUCCUAAGCAGAAGCCUGUUUACAAAGAAGCUCACCAGCAGACCUGUGAAACUCUAGUGGCACUGACAGGAUCUCCAAGUUCCAAACCCAGUGAGAUUUUCUUGGUGAAAGAGGAAGAGGAGUCUAGCAUCCUGGAGCCAAGAAUAGCCAGCUUAGGUGAGGGGCUAGGCAGUGAAGAAGAGGAAGAGAGUGAAGAGGAGGAGGUCCCACCGCAGCGCCGACCGGAGCUGCUAAAGCUGGACGCCAGGAUGGUUUCUGGGAAUUGCCAGAGCCUGCGCUGGAGGGUGGUGCAGCCAUCCGGCAGCGGCCAGGUCCUGGCAGGGCAGGGGCCGCCCAUCCUUGUUCUGCAGAAGGGCUACGAGUGCGAGGACUGUGGGAAGGUCUUCAGCUGCAGCUCGCACUACAGCAAGCAUCGGCGCACGCACACGGGUGAGCGCCCCUUCCGUUGCGAAGACUGCGGCAGAACCUUCAAUGUUAGCUCUAACUUAUACAGGCAUCAGCGGGCACACGCCAGCUCCAGUGCCUCCCCAGGGACGCCCUCCCCCACCCUGCUGCCCACUCGGGGCCUGCCCUACCAGUGUGCCGAGUGUGGGAGGUGUUUCCGCCGCAACACGGAACUGGUGACCCACCAGCGGCUGCACACGGGCCGGUUGCCCUUCCAAUGCGGUGACUGUGGCAAGAGCUUCUCCUGGAGUUCCCAUUUUGCGCGGCACCUGCGUAUCCACACCGGGGAGAAGCCCUACCCCUGCACCGAGUGCGGCAAGCGCUUCAGCCGCAGCUCCCACCUCUACCGGCACCAGCGCACCCAUGGUACCAAUGCGGCGGCCAACGUGACCCGGGCCUACAUCUGCACCUACUGUGGGCGCAGCUUCAGCACCACACUGCACUUCGACCAGCACCAGCGGACCCACCGUGGCCGCAAGCCCUACAAGUGCACCCUAUGCGGCAAGGCCUUUGCUGACGGCUUGGCCUUGGUGAAGCACCAGCGCCUGCACCUGACUGGGGGGGACCAGAGCCACCAGUGCUCUGAAUGUGGGCAGAAUUUCGGGGGGCGGUCCCAACUGGCCCGCCACCGCCGGCUCCAUGGCACUGCUGACAAGCCCUUUGGCUGCGGGGAAUGCGGGCAGAGCUUUGGCACGCGCGGCCAGCUGGCUCAGCACCGGCGGCUCCACAUCUCUACCGAUAAGCCCUACCACUGCGGGGAGUGCGGGCUCAGUUUCACCUGGAGCUCGCACUGGGAGCGCCAUCGGCGCAUUCACACAGGCGAGAGGCCCUACUCCUGUGGGGACUGUGGCAAGCGCUUCGGGCGCACCUCCCACCUCUACCGGCACCAGCGCACCCAUGCCGGGGGGCAGCCCCAUGUCUGCCCUGACUGUGGCAAAAGCUUCAACAGCACCCUGCAUUUCCAGCGCCACCAACACGCCCACCACCUCAGCCCAGACACCACUCAGCUCCCUGCCCACUCAUGUGGGAAUUGUGGCGAGCCUUGUGCCGAUGCCUCUGCCUUGCUCAAACCCCCGGGCAUGCACGCGGAUGAGAGGCUGUACCCCUGCCCCCAGUGUGAGCGGCACUUCUGUGGGACCCCAUGCCUUUACCGGCAUCUCCGAGGUCACGCCCACCGGGCAGAAGAGACAGUCCUGAGACCGGCCUCCCCAGUGUAUAAGGAGGUGGAACCAUGCUAAGGAGAGGAGGGGGUAGAGAGGAGUCCACAGUUUUGCCAGUGCACAGGUGGUGCUCCAGGCUAGAAUUCCCCAGGCAUCGAGGCCCAAUCCAAAGUCCAAUGGAAGUGAUCCUAUUCAGAUGGGAGCCUAUCACAUAGUCAAGAAAGAAACCAUGGUCGUUAUUCAUCAAGGGUAGAUUUGGGGUUUGGAAUGAAACAAUGAGGAAAUCCUACACAGCCUGCCGGAGCUCAGCUAUCAAUGCUGACAAUUAAUUUGCCUGACUGAUUCAGGGGGUAAUAUAGGGAUCUUUGGGUUAUCCAGUAAGUUUGUGAUAAAGAUGGGAGUAGGCCUGGCUAAAGGAAGAAGUGAUUGAUAGCUAUAACAUUCCAGUUGGAGA